AUGUUGAACGCCGCGACCAUAAUCGACAAGCUGCAAACCAGCGCCGACGCCGAGAUCAAGAUGACGGCGCCGAGAAGAACGCGCCUGCAUCACUCCCUCACCAAGAUGAUCUGCCUCCGCCGCCGAAACGGCAAGUCCGAUAAACAUCUCGGCAUCAAACCGGUCUCAAGCACGAGACCGAGAAAACGAACUACGUAUGGCUUGAUCCCGGCAUGGGUACACGUCGACGUUCUGGCCAAACCUCUCGACAACACCAUCUCGUCAUCACACAAGAUCGAGCGGUCUCGUCAUCACACGAGCCCGAUAAAACCAACCGGUUUCGUCGAAGCACGAUCCCGAGAAAACAAGUGUUGCCGAAGCGCGACCCCAACCGGUUUCGUCGAAGCACGAUCCCGAGAAAACAAGUGUUGCCGAAGCGCGACCCCAACCGGUUUCGUCGAAGCACGAUCCCGAGAAAACAAGUGUUGCCGAAGCGCGACCCCAACCGGUUUCGUCGAAGCACGAUCCGAGAAAACAAGUGUUGCCGAAGCGCAACCCCAACCGGUUUCGUCGAAGCACGAUUUCGAGAAAACAAGUGUUGCCGAAGCGCAACCCCAACCGGUUUCAUCAUCAUAUACGAAAUCGAGCGGUCUCGUCAUCACACGAGCCCGAGAAGACACCGAUCUCGUCAUCAUAUACGAAAUCGAGCGGUCUCGUCAUCACACGAGCCCGAGAAGACACCGAUCUCGUCAUCAUAUACGAAAUCGAGCGGUCUCGUCAUCACACGAGCCCGAGAAGACACCGAUCUCGUCAUCAUAUACGAAAUCGAGCGGUCUCGUCAUCCCGAUAAGACACCGAUCUCGUCAUCAUAUACGAAAUCGAGCGGUCUCGUCAUCACACGAGCCCGAGAAGACACCGAUCUCAUCAUCAUAUACGAGAUCGAGCGGUCUCGUCAUCACACGAGCCCGAUAA